AUGCGACCAAGGCAACCGCUGCUCGCGAUCGACCCGCAGGCCCGACGCCAUGACGGCACCAACGCCGGUCGCUUGCUGCUCCGAGACCUCUUCAUUUGGCCGUUCCAGUGGCUCACCUACGCCACGCUUCUCUACUCCUCAGCGUACGUUCUCUUGACGCUCGUUGCAUACCUCGCUGCUGUCCUCGUCGUUCUUCUCGCCGCCUGUCUUGUGCCGUACGCCGUGCUUUCCAGCCUUCUGAGCCUAUUCACGCAGCAAUCUGCUCCGUAUUGGUACCCGUGGCGAGUCUUGUAUGCGUGUACGCGGCCAUUGCUCAUCGCCGACGUCUGGCUUCACAACCAGUUUGCGCGGCGGUCGCAGUGCAUUGCUGGCACGUACGACCUGAGUCGUCGGCACUACUCGAGCUGCGAGGACCACCCUCGCUUCGUCGUGCGCAUGAUUGAAGUGGACUCGCCGUCGGCGCUGCUGAUGACGUGGGCGUAUCUGCUGAUCGCGCGCUCCGUCGUCGGCGUAAUGCUUGGCGGCCUAUACGUCGCUGCGGUCGCCAAUGCAAUGGAUGACAGCAUCUCCAUCGUCCUCGCAGCCGUCAAGUGGCAAUGGACAAGCAUGUGCUAUUUUAUAAUCUGGGGGCCAAACAUGAGCUGUGACGAGCACGCUGUUGGCUGUGCUGGCGGGUUUCUCCUCGCCAUGCUGACAGCCGUCGCUCCACGGUCUCUGGUUAUGACGAGCUUUGGACGCAUGACGCGCUUCUUUUCCAGCGAGACGGUCCUUGUUUUAAGUGAUACGUAAGCUCAGUUUCUUCUGCGACAAAAAAUGAAACUCAUCAUCAAC